GUCGUUUCGCAUGUAUCGCCACUUGUCGUCCUGGGCCUGGUUGAGAGGCCCCGGCGCUGCUUCCAAUGAUCCAUCGCUGCUGUACAUUUGCACGACGACGCGUAGCGCCUCCAGGCGUCGUCAACAAGUGGGUUAUAAGUCCCCCGAUUUAUUUACAGGUUUCAAAUUGCUUCUCUGCGAUCGACACUCCUUUCACGCGCAGCUGUGGCAGCGUCACUGAGUGGCAAGAUGUAUGUCGCCGAUCGGCCCGCCUAAGCCCACGCUUCCCCCUCCCCCUCCCCCUCCCCCUCCCUCGACAGGCAACAUCUCCAAUCGAGAGGCUGAAGCCGGCCGAGUAUGAGAUCAGUCGGCAGUUUCUGACCAAGCUUGCCGCUGUAGGCGGCAGGAAACAAGCCCAUCAAGCUCACCAGUUGUCGUUAAACAUCGGUGGCGGCGGCGGUGAAAUCCCCGCCGGGGUUGUCAUGAUGAGAAAGAAGCAGCCCUGUGGGACAUCUCAGGGAGGGCCGACAGUGGUGUGCGGCAUCGGAAACCGGUCAAAACGCCUGCUUUCUGACUCGGCGGCUGCCCCCGGCGAUGGCUAUGGCGGUGCGAGCAAUGGUGCGACGCCGAUCGAUGAUGGCAGUGCGGCAAAGCCGCCAAGAAAAGGUGUUGACGACAACGGACGAUCGUGCGCUGCUCCUCGGGGAACCGAGAUGGAUUCGAUUGACGGCCAAGAUCGCAGGAAGAGAGGAGGGCGCCGUGUGACAACUAGAGACAGGCCGGCUGCCAUUGCCGCCGGCCCUACUCUCCCCGAAACUGCGGCUGAGAGAGGGGAACCAGUAGGAUCGCCCCCAGAUGAUCCGCACCGUCUAUCGGAAGCAAUCGCUGCCCUCCGAUCUUUGGCGAGCGCGAAGAAGGCUCGCGUUCUCCAGCGUUUCUUCCAAACUGAACCAGGGCAGUACGGACAUGGUGACGUCUUUCUUGGUGUGACUAUGCCUCAAAUACGCAGUGUCGCGGCUCGAUCUCCUGACCUCUCUCUCCCACAGAUUGCAACGCUUCUGUCGAGCACUUUCCACGAAGAACGAAUGCUCGGAGUAGUGACAUUCGUCAAUCAAUUUGCUUCUGCGCUGAAGAAGAAACAGGAGUCGACUUCGCCCAUUAGAUCUGCCCUUCCUCCUCCCUCUCCUCGCUCUCCUUCCUCUCCUCUCCCUUCUUCUUGCUCUGUAGAGGUUAACGAUCUCGUGACUUGGUACGUGUGUAAUCGAAAGGGGCUGAACAACUGGGAUCUUGUCGACGCGUCCGCUUACCACGUGAUAGGUAGCUGGGUGAGUGCUGACGUGGCACGACGUAAGUGGGUCUUGUACUACCUGUGUGGAGAAGACUCUCCUUGUCGGAUUCCCGCGGAGACUAACGACGCUUCGAUCCCGCGAUUGCCUUCACGGCCGUCCCCUCCUCCUCUCGUUUCCGCCCACUCCCUCUCUCUCCCUCCCCCUCCCAACCCGCCCUCUCUUUGGGACGUUCGCAUUGCCAUCGUAGCCAAUUACAGGCUAAUAAACGACCGACGUGGCAGUGCUGACAGGGUUGUUGACGGCAGCAACAAUGACACACGGUUCGGACCCAUCUUCGAUCUGGCCGAGCGAUUCUACUCCCAUCCCCACGAUCUUAUUCACAAGGCGCUGGGCUGGAUGCUGCGAGAAGCGGGAAAGCACGAUCAGGAGCGAUUGAUGGGUUGGCUUCGGCGAUUCGCUGCCAAGUUGCCACGUGUCAUGCUUCGAUACGCGAUCGAGAAGCUCUCUCCGACGAUAAAGAAAGAGUUAAUGGGAGCGGCAUCCGCAUGUGGUGGGGAAGACGUCAGGCCAUCCAGCGACGUACACAUGGCUGGUGAUGAAGAUGGCGACGGCGAUGGCAAAGGCACGGCGGCUGCCGUUGGAAGAGGGCGAAGGAGGGGAACGAAUCUCCGCGCAGCAACGAGGACGAGCCAGGGGGAGGGCGACUCAACUGAGGUGUUAAAUGAGAGCCGCCGAGCUGAGGAGGAGGAGGGAAAAUCAGCAAAGGACGGAAAGGAGAAGGGGGCAAGUCAGCAAAAGACAGGAAGGAGAACUCGAGGUCGAGAUGUGGUGCCCUCCCAAGGAGGGCAAGGCAUGACAGGGGCUCGUCGGUCGACACGUGGCGUUCCUGGCACAGGAGUCCAGACGAUGGCUACGAGAAGAGAGGGGGAGAGGAAGAGUGGGAACGAAAGCGAAGGCAGUGGAGGGGGGGGUAUUCAGAGCAGGAAACGAGCGGGUGCAGCGGCCGCUCUCCUCCCACCAUCUCCCAAUGUCGAUCCGGAAAGGAACGAUGAGGAUCGAUCUGUAGAACUGUCACGCGAAAGACGACGACGACGACGGUAACGAGCGGAUUUUUUUUAAUUUCUUUUUUUGGAACGGAAAUUUGACACUAUGAGAGAGACGGAAAGGACGCGGGUGUAGUAAGCCUGAGAG